CGGCGGUCAGCACCCUCAUCAGACAAUAUUUUACUCCGCGUAACACAGAGUAAAAAUAUCUGACACACCAAAACACCGUAGAAUUUUUUAUGCUGCAAUUUAUAUAGCAUGCGCUUAUUUUUAUUUUUUACGUGCAUUUUUUUUUUUUUUUUUGUAUGGUAAAAAUGGGUGGGUGGAGUCACUCAGAUAUCCAAGCUGAGAGAUAUCACUGAUAGGCGCAUUGAGAUUCUGUACCACUCUCUCUGUAAACAAUGGAGAAAAAACCCACUUGUGUUCUUACACUGUUGACGCAGGUGAGUCUAUGCUUUUGUCUCUACCUUGCUUUUCAGCUGGGUCAGCCUCGGAGCUCUGUCCGCCAUGGCAGAAGUGAGAGGAGGCCGCUGGAUCUUUACUUCAUCAGCGUCGGAGGAGGAUUCCGGCCUCCCACCCGACAGACCCAUCUUCUCAAACAGAUGGAGAAGGUGGCAAACAAGUACAAGGCAGAGUUUGUGGUGGACGUUAGCGAUCUUGGGGAAGAUGAUCCGCUCAUGCAAAAUGGCACCCUCCAUUUCUCGACACUGAAAGUUCCCUGGUACACAACCAGAGUUUCGGAAGGAAAAGGAGGAGGUUACUUCCAAAAGAAGAUUAAGUUACCUUACGAGAAAACCUUGGAUGUCAUUGUGGUGGAUACUGGAUUAUUUCAGAAUUUGACCACGGGAUCAUUAAGCGAAGUUGGAAACGAUCAGUUACGUUGGCUGAGAAGGACACUAGAGUCAACCAGUAGUAACUGGCGCGUAGUUGUUGGAUUCCAUUCACUGGCUAUUUGUGAAGAUGGUGAGGAGGGAAUGGAAGCAACGCAAGUUUUCGAGUCUCUACAAAGUACUUUCACGAAAUUUGAAGUGAACGCAUACUUAAGCGGGCAGGGUUGCGCUAGCAGCCCCCGAUUAAGUAGUCUGAGCUACAUCAGGAACCCGGGCAAAAUGGCAGCAGGUGCUUAUCUUGCUUCCGUAAAUGAAACAUCAGCAUCUAGAAGAAAAUUGGAAGACGGGUUUUUUCUUCAUAGAGUCGGCUCAUUAGAGAUUGAAACCUGCUUUGUUACAUCAGCUGGAGAAGUUGUGCAUAGAUCUGUACUCCAUCAGAGAGGAAAGGAGAUCAUGUAAAUUGUAACAUUCUUUUGUCAAAUACUUCAUAUUUUUUUUUUUUUUUUGACAAUUGGAUUGCAUCACUCAGUGUUGCUUCACUUCUUUCAAUGCUUCAUGUAAAACCAAAAGGCAAAAUAUUGAGUUCCACCCAGGAGAAAGGCAAGUUUUGGCAA